AGCUAACAUUCGCACCGAUCGGAUAUAUCGUGAUCGAUCUCUUUCGGCUACUUGAAGAAACCAUUGCUAUCUCACUCGGACAAGAGGUGGUGCAAUGUGGAAAAUAAUAUCUCGUUUCCAUAACAACCCAUAGAAGCGCUGACAAGAGCCUUGUGAGAGUUUCAAGGGAUCAAUUGGACUUCGGACAUCCUCGGGAUGCAUCGGCAGAAUAAGGGUGCGAUUGCUCGGAGUCGGAGCAUCGACCACCAGUUGGAUGAGGACAGAGAACGGAGGCAGAAGGAGAUCCAGCUAUUGAUAUUGGGUGGGGCUGGCUCUGGCAAGAGCACCUUCAUCAAGCAGCUCCGUAUUCACCAUGGUGAUGGUUACCCGGAUAUUGAGAGGUCAAAGUUGAAGUCCCAUGUAUAUGACAAUGUGGCAGAUGCAAUUCAUGUGGUACUAGUGAGCAUGCCUAAAUUUAACAUAGAAUUCCAAGAUCCACAUAUACAGGAAAUUGCCGCUAAAUUCCAAAGAGACUGCCCCUGGACGGUCCAUUUGUAUAGGACUGGUUCUCCAGACGAAGAUGAGACAGUUGCAGGGAAAAAAGCACUUUUGCUCUCACCAACAAAUUCAGAAAAGGUCCAGAAGUUUAACAAAGAUUUCAUCACGUUAGUUCGAACGCCUGAAUUCAAGCAGUGCUAUGCAAAGCGGGAGGAGUUUGAGAUCCCUCCAAGUCAAGGAGAGGAAUACUUUCUAGACCAUUUAGACCGCGUCAUGUCAUCCAAUUACAUCCCCACUCUUCAGGACAUCCUCUUCAUUAGAAAGCCGACAUUAGGAGUCCAAGAACAUGCAUUUACUGUAGAUGGACUUGAUUAUAGAGUCAUUGAUGUAGCAGGCCAGAAGAACCAAAGAAAGAAAUGGAUCCACUUUUUCGAAGGUGUUACAGCGGUGAUUUUCUUCGCCUCGUUAAGUGGCUUUGACGAAACUUUAGAGGAGGACCAUAAUUUAAACAAUCUUCAGGACAGCCUACAAAUCUUCAGCGAGGUGUCACAAAAUGAAUUCCUGGACAAAACAGACAUCGUCAUGUUUCUUAACAAACACGACGUACUACUAUCAAAGCUUAAAAAGAAAAGCAUAAAGGGCUGUUUCCCAGAUUAUGAGGGAGAUAAUACGCCGGAGGCUUGCAUAAAAUACAUCAAAGAUGAAUUCUUACGCAAGAGUCCUCAAGGGAAACACAUCUAUACUCAUGUUACCACGGCAACGAACAUUGAACUCAUGAAAACAAUAAUUCAAGACGUGUUACACAUUAUAGUUGAAAUCAACCUCCGAAAAGCCAGUCAGCCAUACUAGUCAGACCCUGUGGAGAUAUUUUGUGACGUUACAAUCGUUUUAUUCAAUGAGAUUAUCGUGAAUACCGGCACAGAAGUAUUGCUGCGCGAGUGAAUACCACUAACGGUUUCUCAUCGAACUCGUGAGGUAGACAACUUUGAUGACUUUUGUAACCAUCGAUAACUUUGUUAUCAUUGUACAAACGGAUUUGAGAGAGAGCUGUGCAUUUAUGGAGUAAACUAUUUAUGGUAUUAUUGACGCAGAGCGGGACUGACGGCAUGAUGAGGUACGAGUGCAUACCGCUGCGGUUUCUAGCAAGCCCAACAAGUGGCCAUUAAGAGAGUUUUUCUAGCACUCGAUGACGUUUGUAUUUUUCAAUGAGAUUAUUGUGACGGUAUAGCGUGGAAAACAUUGCCCGGGAAGCAGUUUUGGUGAUUUCUGCAAAAAUGGAUAUAACAUUGGUGUCAUUGUAAAAAUGGAUCGUGAAUGAGCUGUUCCUUUAUGGAAUUAUCUACUUGUUCAAGGAGAUAAGACAGUGGUGACAUACAGGAUACACAAGGCAAUGCGCAUAUCACAGCCGCUUCUAUUGCUGGCCGAACUUUCCCCGGCAGCACUGGACGACAUUGGUAUUAUUCAAUGAGAUUAUCACAGGGAGGGGAUUGAGGAAGACAUUGUCUGUAGGUCAGGGCUUAUAGACAGCUCACAUUAUCAUUUGUAAGGGGGUACAUUAAGAACAAAAAGAAAUCAGAAGAAGAAGCAUUGCUCCAACUACAGUAUCCUUUAAAGGAUCGUCAAUGGUCCCCACCCCCAAACUGCAUCCUACCAAGGAAGAUUACAAUAUUUUAAAAGUAUUAUUUCUGGGACCAGAAGGUCAAGUAUGUUGUUCAGUGUUUGAUUUCUAAAUGUGUUAUCACUUUAUUAGUCGGGGCCAACACGAAACAUCGUGACAGUCUUGAACGUUGAUGGCGGCUAGUAGUUUCUUUAUUAACGCGACACAAACCCUGAUCUCGAUAUAAUCUUUGUCGAUCUUGAACAAGACAAGUCAUCAAGUUAUCAAAACGAACAAGCUUAUCAGGAUUUACAGGUUUGGAGUACAGCUGGGUGUCAAACUCAUUGGUUUGUCAAUUGGCUGCAGAUGCUAGCACGACCUUCUCAGUUGGUCAAUGGCACAAUCAAAUAUAGGUUACACUGUACUCCGUUGGGCUGUGCAGAGGAACCUCCGUUACAGAUACCUCUCCAGGAAGGAAAAUGAUCUUGGUUACAAGUUGGUCAUUUUGUUCAAAUUUGACCUCUGUAAUCAGGACACCCCUCUAUAAAGGACAACAAUUAUCAAACCCAAGGUGCCCUUAUAUUAAUUCAGGGGUUUUACUCAGCUGUCCUUGGAGUAACCGUCAAAGACUUGUAGGCCUCCUGGAUUAUACUGGGCUGUUAUAUUUGGUAACUUAAGAGGACUUGUCUUGUUAAAGUUGGUCCUAGUUAUGUAUUAUAGAAAGUUGUUGGGUGUUCUUCAGUUAUUCUCUUACUCACCCCAGGAAUCACUUCCUCCACACGGCAUGGACUUUUAUAGGUCUGCGGAUUCUGUUUGGACAUCGGAGAACUAGAAUGGUAUAUUGCUAAAGGAUGCACAAUUUUUGUUACUUUGGUCCUCGCAGUGGGUUAACCUGGUGCUUGGAGUUCCGUCUGUGUUAUACUUGUCAUACCUUAUAGUAGUAAUACAGUGGAACCUAUGUUAGCGGACACCUCUCUAUUAAGGACAACCUCUCUAUUAAGAACACUAGUUUUGGUCCAAAAUUGGUCGUUUCUAUUCAAUUUGACCUCUCUAAUCAGGACAUCUUUCCAUCAAGGACAGCACUUGUCAGUCCCAAGGGUGUCCUUAACAGAGAGGUUCUACUGUACAUAUCAUCAUUACAAACGUGGUUAACAGUCUACUACAAGUGUCUAAUGUGAAUUGGUUCAGUAUCUCCCAACCUACCUUGCAAUAAAACUAUAUCGAUUGUUAUUUUCUCAUAUUUUCAAUGUGCUUUAUGUAUCAUGGUGUACCUGAAAUAGACUUGUACCAAAUACUUCUUCGUUAUGUGUUUUCAGUGGACACGAUGAACAGCUUUGAAUGAUAAAUGGACAUUAUUCCUGUCCACUUGUGCAUAGACCAGCAACGUAAUCAGAUAUACAUGAUUUUCUCGACUCCAGGAGGAAUGCACACAGAACUCUUGAGAUCUUUGCACUUUCCCAAUUGCAAUAUUGCUUGAUCUAAUUUCUUUGAAAUUUCAUGGAUAAAUAACAAAGAAAUAAAACGCCCACGAAAACUAUGGCGGCUUCUUGUCUCCAGACAAUGAACAAAGUGAAAGAGACAAAAUCUUUCAGCUAGCUAGUUUAUUAAUUCAUAAAAAUAUAUACAAAGUUGUUUGCACAUCCAACACAUUUAACUGACUGCAAAUUACAAAAUGUUCAUGUACACAUUGCGAGGUGGCAUUCUUCAAUCAGUGCAAACUAUUUUAUACCACUGAAGUGCUGAGCAUGUACAGGUAUAUACAGGUUGUCUCGGUACAGUUUGAGAGCUUAGGGUCAUCCUCUAUUUCUCAGUUAUUGCGGCUCUCUUGGGACCACCAAGUCUUUUCUUUUUGGCAGGAGGGGGUGAUGUCUCUGGUUGAGGGUUGUUAUUCUCGUCACCAGACACAUCGUCCUGUAAAAUAGAAUUAGAGAUCUGUGACUAGACAUAUUGUCAGAUAUAAAACUGCAUAAGUCACAUUUGAGUAUUUUUCAAACUGCCUAACUCAUCUUGACCCGUUAUGUAUUAAAACCUUCCAGUGAGACACCAAUUCCAUGUUCAUUGUCAUGUUUUUAAACGUUAUUCUUAGUUAGCUGCAAAAUAAAUUUGAAAUCGAUAGGAAAUGAAUAAGUUUUUUCCAUUUUUCUCAAAA